CGAGGAAGGGAUCAGGCGGAGGGGGUGGAGGCGGUUGAUGCCAGAGACACGUACGGCUCGUUGAGGAACGGUGGCAGCUGUUCUUGUGGCGGUGACAAGAAGAGCCUCCGCAGCAGAUUGUGUGUUUUGACAUCUGAAGAGUUGUGUCAACCUACUGCCUAGCAGAAUGGAUGUUUUCAACCGGAACAUAAAUUUUGAUGCCCUCUUCAAAUUCUCCCACAUCUCUGCAUCAACCCAGCAGCAUCUGAAGAAAGUGUAUGCUAGCUUUGCGCUAUGCAUGUUCCUAGCAGCAGCUGGAGCCUACAUCAAUGUGGUGACUCAGCUGGUGCAGUUUGGCCUGCUGACUGGCCUGGGAGCAUUGGGUCUUAUGAUCUGGCUGAUGGCCACACCACACAGCCGGGAAACAGAAGAGAAACGACUGGGCAUGCUAGCAGGCUUUGCUUUCCUCACUGGAGUCAAUCUAGGACCUCUGCUGGAGAUGUGCAUUGCUAUCAACCCUAGCAUUAUCCCAACUGCUUUCCUGGGCACAGCUGUAAUCUUCAGCUGCUUCUCUCUGAGUGCCCUGUAUGCCAAGCGUCGUGCCUAUUUGUACCUUGGAGGUGUCCUGUUUUCUGGCCUUUUCCUGAUGCUUUUCUUCUCCCUGAUCAACAUUUUUGCAGGCUCCACCUGGCUCUUCACAGUUAAUCUCUACAUUGGACUUAUGGUGAUGUGUGGCUUUGUGCUGUUCGACACUCAGCUCAUAAUUGAGAAAGCUGAGAAUGGAGACAAGGACUACAUCUGGCACUGUGUGGAUCUCUUUCUGGAUUUUGUCAACAUCUUCCGAGAACUCAUGGUCAUCUUGGGCAUGAACGAGAACAAGAAGAAGAAAGAAAAGUGAAGUGUCACCGGAUGCCUGUGCGGAACCUCCUUUUUCUGGCCCUUCCCAUUUGCCUCUUUAUUGCUUCCAUCCAACUUGACUUGCAUUAAAGGUGCCCCCCUACCCUAUUCUGUGUGAAUGAGAAGCAUCUGUGACACUUUCAUACUUUGUGGAAAUUGGGUUUUUCCCUUCUUGGUUUUUGAGCCUCAUUGAAAAAGCUAACUGGCUGAUCCUAAUGCUGGAGUCUGGCUUUGCUCCACUUUUUGUGUAUACACACCUGGUCCUGCUCCCAUUUUCUCCUGUAUUGUCAUUCAGCUCUGUCCUGUUGGCAGUGACCCCACAGGUGUCACUGGGUAGGCAGCUCAAAAUGAUAUUUCUCAUCCCUCAACUGCCCUCACCUCAAACACCAUUAGAGUGAGGGCAGGAGCGGAAGAGUUUCCACUCUUGGUAAAAAAAAAAAAAAAACUGCUGUGGUGUGCUUACUCCCCAAACAAAACAAACAAAUCCUUUGCAGGGACUCUUUAAGGAGACCCAUGUUGAUGGAAGUGGCUUCCCAGGAAAGCAAACAGCUGAAGAUGCCAAGACCUCUGCACGAGGCACCUCAUGGCUUGGAGAUUGCCAGGAUGGGAGCUUACUGGUCCAACGUUUCCCCAGCCCCUAGUAUUGUUGCUGGGUUGUAAAAACAAGCCAUGCAAGGGAGAUACUCUUUUCUAGUUGACAUCUUGGAAGUCCACUUCUGCCACAACCAGUCUCUUGAAUCUGUCAUUGGUCAGUGUGGCUUAGUGCUACUUCUGUUGGCGUGUGGCUUUGCUGAUUAGGGACUUGGCAUUUUGGAAUUCAGGGGCCUGAGACCAGCUUUGAUCAACAAGUCUUUCCAGGACUAUAAACACUGGUUGUGGGAAAGGUGGCUUGGGUAAGAUGUGGCUGCCAAGUCUUCCAUUCAAAUCUCUGAUCGACUGUGCUGGAGAAGCCUCUGACAUGGUCGUGGGGAAGAACUGUUCCUGCUUAUGGGAAGCAGGAUGGAAUCUCUGCAGUUCAGCCUAAAUACAGCUCCAUUGAUAAGCUUGUUAUGGAACCUUAAAAGCUCUUCCUGCAGCAAACUAGAUAGUGUUGAUCUUUCCCUUCUUGGCACCCAAAGCCAGACUCCAACUCCGCUUGCUUGAGAAUAAAGGAAUUUCCCCUCUUCUCCUGAUUUUCCCCACCCCCCUUUUUGAACCAGUGCCAAGAACUAAGCUUUGAGAGAUCUACUUUAUAGAGACCUUGUCUAACAGGUUUUAAUACAUAAAGAUUAAACUCUGUCGCUCAUUGGAUGUCCAGCUCGGGCUGCAUUCUUUAGACUCCUUACUGUGAAGAGACAGGGGUUUUAAAAAAGGUGUUUUGAUUCAAAUAUGAAAUUUACAUUGUCUUGCUUUGUACGGGAAUAUAAAAUAUUAAAAUAAAAAUCCUCAGACUUUA